CAAAAUUUUCAGGAAAUGAAAAAGAAACUAAAAAUCUAAUUUUUGAUUUUUUUAUUAAUUUUUCUUUUAAUUGAAAUUAAUUAUGCAAAAAUUAUUUAAAAUUGUGGAUUAGCAAUACUAGUGGAUACAGCAACACCUAAUACAAUUCCUGCUUGUUAAGAAUGUUAAAGAGGAUAUGUAGUAAAUUAUGAUUUUUAAUCAUGCAUUCUAGCUAGUGAAUUACCUAUGCCUUUAUACUCUUAUUGCAAAAGACUAGAUAGAAAUGGAGAAUGUGAUGAAGCUCUUUCUACUCUUUAAAUAGAUUAAAAUCAACUCAUCAUUAAAGAAGAUCCUUCUUUAUUUGAUCCAAGAUGCGCUAAAGUAGAUACUGUUAAUUUAAUAUGUAUUUCGCCAAGAUUUCCUUAUACACUAGAUAUUUCAAGAAAUUAUAUUAGUCAUUAACUAGACUCAUAUUGUAAAAUAUAUAAUGAUGUUUGUGUAUAAAAUUACGAAACAUUCUAUAUUACUAUUUUAAAUAAGAACUAUUUCAAGCUAUAUAAUUUUAUUAAUCCAAAUUAAAUCGACCCAAGCGCUAUUUAUGACUAAUAAAUAAAAUGUUUAAAGCCUUUUGUAUACUAAUCUAUUGGAUGCCUACCUUCUAAUUUUAAUUGCAAUUAGCAUGAUAGUAAAACAUGCCUUUGCGAAGCAACUUAAGCUGUGGAUUCUACUGGUUCUACUUGCUCUGAUUAAUUUUAAAACUGUUAAAUGUAUGGAUCAAUUGGCUAAUUAUAAUAUUGUAUGGCUUGCAAGAGUGGGUUUUAUUUAAAUUAAAAUAUAUGUGUACCUAUUACACUAAGUAACGCUCCAACAUGCGACUCAGGGUAUUAGCUUGAUUAAAAUGGUCUAAAUUUUCUUUAAACCUUUUUAAUUAAUAUAAACCCUUCAAUAAGUCAAGAUAUGUCUGACCCUACAUUCCUAAUUAUGUUAAAGUAUUCUAUUGACUUUUUUAAGGAUCCAAAAUAUUAGCAGUUUAAAGGUAGUACUCCAAAUUUUACUUUUAAGUGUGAAUAAGCUCCUUCUACUCUCGUUAGCGGAUGCAUUCAAUCAAUAUCCAAUAUAUGUAUUAAGUGUUAAAGUAGUGAAAUAUAUUAUAUUUAAUAAUUAACUUCUUCACCUAUUUUAAAUCUUAAAUACUAAGCCUUUUGUGACUUAGAUAUUAAAUUAAGUAACUGCAAAAAUGUGUUUAAGGAACAAUAAAUAACUGUAUAUCUUAUGAUGGUAAUGGAAAUUGUUUAUUUUGUGUGA